GAGAGCUGAGAUGCACGUCAGUGGCCUUGCCAGCGUGGCCAGUUCUCUGCAGACUGCCAGAAAAAAGAGGCCAGUUGGAAAGACGAAAGAGGAGAGAUUGCCCAGGGUUGAGACCAUGCCCUGCAUCUUUUCUCUUCCCUAAUGUGCUCUGUCCAUGUUCACUCAGCCUCUCCUGACCUGGCAGAACUGCCCAAAACUGCUGUGGAAUUUCCCUGUUUCCUCUUUCAGUCUGUGGUGUGUGGUUCAGCCUCUUGUUGAGUUCAUUGAUAGGAACAGGCUCUUUGACCUCCACCUCCAGUUGGAGAUACCAUCUGUGAAUUCAAAGAAUGAAGGUUUAGUAAACAUAGACGAAGCAUGGAAUUAAAUGAAGAUCAUACAUAGAUAAGCAGAACAAGCCUGAAUUUUUACCACCAUACAUGAAACACUACUCCAGAUGUCAUUUGUUUAGGGUGCAGAAAUGGAAGAUCUCUGUUCAUGUACAAUUGCAUCACUGAGUAGUCACUGGGGAGAUCCAGAAGUUAUUUUAUUUCUUAUGUCCCUUGACAUAGAUUAGCUGAACCAGCAGGCACUGAGCUACAUGGAGCCCUGAAGAGGAGGGGAACAGGAUUAUGAACAUUAAUGUGGACAGGGAGAAACAGAAUCAGAGUCAAGGAACAUUUUCAAAAUGGAUGCUUCAUCCAAAGAAAACAUCCAGUUUUUCUGCAAAAACCCAGUGCAACCUGGUGGAAGGCCUUCCGUCAAAACAGAAUAUCCCUCUUCAGAGGAAAGGCAGUCAUGCUGCAGUGAACUAAAGGUGUUUUUGGGUGGCCUGUCCUUUGUCUACUUUGCAAAAGCAUUGGCUGAAGGCUAUCUGAAGAGCACCAUCACUCAGAUAGAGAGAAGGUUUGAUAUCCCGUCCUCACUGGUAGGGGUCAUUGAUGGGAGUUUUGAAAUUGGGAAUCUCUUGGUUAUAACAUUCGUUAGCUACUUUGGAGCCAAACUUCAUAGGCCAAAAAUCAUUGGAGCAGGUUGCCUGAUCAUGGGAGUAGGGACGCUGCUCAUCGCCAUGCCUCAGUUCUUCAUGGAACAGUACAAGUAUGAAAAAUAUUUGCCUUUCUCCAAUUCUACUCUUAGCUUCUCUCCAUGUCUCCUAGAGCCAAGCAGUCAAUUACCAAUUUCAGUUAUGGAAAAAUCACAACCCCAAAUAAGUGAUGAAUGUGCCGUGGAUGCCAGCUCGUCCAUGUGGAUUUAUGUGUUCCUGGGAAAUCUUCUUCGUGGGUUGGGAGAAACUCCUAUCCAGCCUCUGGGCAUUGCCUAUCUGGAUGACUUUGCCAGUGAAGACAAUGCCGCUUUCUAUAUCGGGUGUGUGCAGACGGUUGCAAUUAUUGGACCAAUUUUUGGCUUCCUGUUGGGCUCAUUAUGUGCCAAAUUGUAUGUGGAUAUUGGCUUUGUAAACCUAGACCACAUAACCAUUACUCCGAAGGACUCUCAGUGGGUAGGGGCCUGGUGGCUUGGUUAUCUGAUAGCAGGGGCCGUAAGUCUUCUUGCAGCUGUGCCUUUCUGGUGUUUACCCAAGAGCCUACCGAGACCCCAAAGCAGAGAAGACUCUAAUUCUUCAGAGAAAUCCAAGUUUAUUAUAGAUGAUCAGAUAAAAUACCAAACACACGCUGGAGAAAAAGCAAAAAUAUUGGAAAUGGCAAGAGAUUUUCUUCCAUCACUGAGAAGUCUUUUGGGAAACCCAGUGUACUUCUUAUAUUUGUGUGCAAGCACUGUUCAGUUCAAUUCUCUAUUUGGCAUGGUGACAUAUAAACCAAAGUACAUCGAGCAGCAAUAUGGACAGUCAUCUUCCAAGGCCAACUUUGUCAUAGGGCUCAUCAACAUACCGGCAGUGGCCCUAGGAAUAUUCUCUGGGGGAAUAGUCAUGAAAAGAUUCAAACUCAGCAUGUGUGGAGCUGCCAAACUCUACUUGGGAUCAUCUGUCUUUGGUUACCUCCUCUUCCUUUCCCUCUUUGCCCUGGGCUGUGAAAAUUCUGAGGUGGCCGGACUUACUGUCUCCUACCAAGGAACCAAACCUGUCUCUUAUCAUGAGCGAGCUCUCUUUUCAGAUUGCAAUGCAAGAUGUAAAUGUUCAGAGACGAAGUGGGAGCCGAUGUGUGGAGAAAAUGGGAUUACAUAUGCAUCAGCUUGUUUUGCUGGUUGUCAAACCUCCAACAUGAGUGGAGAGAACAUUGUAUUUUAUAACUGCAGCUGUGUUGGGAUCGCAGCCUCUAAAUCAGGAAAUUUUUCAGGCACGGUGGGCAGAUGUCAAAAAGAUAAUGGAUGUUCCAAAGUGUUUCUGUGUUUCCUUGUCAUUUCAGCCAUCACAUCCUAUACUUUGUCCCUUGGAGGCAUUCCUGGGUACAUAUUACUUCUGAGGUGCAUUAAACCACAACUUAAGUCUUUUGCCCUGGGUAUCUAUACUUUAGCAAUAAGAGUUCUUGCAGGAAUCCCAGCUCCAGUAUAUUUUGGAGUUUUGAUCGACACUUCUUGCCUUAAAUGGGGAUUUAAAAGGUGUGGAAGCAGAGGUUCCUGCAGAUUAUAUGAUUCACAUGCUUUCAGAUACAUAUAUCUAGGACUCACUAUGAUUCUGGGCACAAUGUCCAUUUUCCUAAGCAUUGCGGUACUUUUGACUUUAAAGAAAAGUUAUGUUUCUGAACCUAGAAGCUUCAUAACCAAAAGAGACAGAACAAUGGUUUCUACAAGAUUCAAAAAAGAGAACGGUGCUACGAGUGAUCAUUUGCUACAUCCCAGCCAUUGGCCGGGCAAGGAAACCCGACUUUAGAAAGUAAAGAUUGGAAGCCACGUUUUCUAAUAUGCUGAAAUUCUGCAAAUAAAUGAAGUUGAAUCAAAAAGGGUUUUCAGUAGGUAAUUUCUUUGUAUCUUCAAAACAAUUUUAUUUUGUUUUUGACAGUAGGCAUUGGAUAACAUACCUGAUAAUGGAACUCAUUGAACAUAUAUCAGAAGAAGCAGAUGAUAAACCUAGUUAUAAAUCUUUUAACUAAUAUAUGAAUGUUUUGUAUUGUUUACUGAUUCUGCUAUAUUUUGCCUUUUGUCCAUUGCUAUAUUAGCUUUAUUCCUUGUACAACAAUUGUCUCUAUUGUCUAAUGGUGAUAUAUGGAGUGAUUUCUAAACUAAGUUACUUUCUCUAGAGUGAUAGAAGACUGUUAAAAAUUAAGUCACAUUUUGGGCUCCUGCAAGUAGCCCGUCAAUGAUAAUGUCACGAUCGAAUCAGAGCAUGGAGAGGGAGAUUUCAUUUUUAAGCUCCUCUUUUUUUUUGAAAUUUGUAAUUAAUAUAGAAAUGUGUUGUGGCAGAGUAAUCUUGGGGAAUUAUAAUUCUUGGAUUAUUAUUAGUUCCUCUUCUAACCAUUUACCUGUGCUUUUUGUGUGUGUGAUGCUAUCAGUGACCAGUGCUGUAAAGUAAUAACAUUAAUUUUGAUGUUUUAUCAUCCUAUGUGGAGGUUGCAUUUCUGAAAAUGUCCAGUAAACUUUGGUUUUAUAACAGGACAGGAGAGCAAUGGAUUGAGUGUGGUGAUGCUGGGUGCCUUGUUUUUGAUAUCCACCUGCCACCCAUCACAGGGCCUGGUAAUUCCUGGACUGGAAGCUGCCUCUGGGACUGCCUGAUGGACAAACUCUGUUUCUCCACAACUGGAAAAUUCAGUCCAGAUGUUUCUUCUUCCCUGGCUUCUUAUUUUCUUGGCUUCCUCUGGCCAGGGUUCACAGGGUCAGUGUUUUGCCAUCCUCAGGUCUAUUGAGUACUAUAUUUUUAUUUGUCUACCAUAGCUUUAAAGACCAGUCCAAUCCAUCUCAGAAAAUUAGAUUUAAGGUAGGGAACACCCAAUGAGACGUGAGGCGUACUAUUCAGUUACUGCCAGCUUUCUGUCCAUUGCUGUCUACAUGCUUUAAGUCUUGUUCAGUCGAGAGAGAAAGCCAAGUGGAAGUGAAAGUCGGGCUGGGAAAGGAAGACCGAAGGGAAUUCCAGUGUAAGUGUAGUCACCAGGUGCCUGGACUGCAGAGGAGGAGGAGCCUGUAUACCAAAAAGAUUUUUAAGUCCAGAAAGAGAUCUACCAUUUUAUCAUAUACCCACUGCUCUAAAAACUAUACUAUUUAAUCUUCACCACAUUCUUGGUGACAGAAUUUUCAUUUUACAAAUUAUUCAGCUGAAACAAGAGAGAUUAUACACAUUGCUUACCCUUGGAAAUGCAUAGCCAUAAUUAAACCCAGGUUUAAAUCUAAAAGUGUUUCCACCACGUGAGCCUGAUCCAAUGUAGCAAUACCAAGUACACUGUAGUCUCUGAAAUCCUUGAUUUCAUUACAGCACUUUGCUUUGGUAGUCAUCUAUGUAUUUCAACACCAUGCAGAUAGUCAACAACUAUUAAGAACCACAGAAAUAAUUUACUUAGUAUAUUCUUUUCUUCAAACGUUGUGGCCUUAAGAGUACAAAAUACCAGAAUUUUAGUGGAUAAUUGAAAGCAUUUUAUUUAAAAAUUAAGUCAGAUGAUCAAGAACAAUACUUUAGAAUUGUGCAGACUGAUAAUUGAAACACAAUUCCUAGUACCCUUUAGAACAAAAAACCCCACAUAAACAGGACUUUCUCAACAAAGGAGCCUGUUAGCCAUUUCUUGCAGCCUACGUUCAGCAAGAUGGUUCAGCUCAAAAUGUAUUAACCUAACUGAAUAGUAUAAACAAAAUGGUUUACAGUCUUUUAACUUUCCCUUUAGAUACUGAAAAAAAUGAAUGAAAAAAUAUUCAAAGGGAAAGUUAGAGAAUGGAGAAAAUAGGAAAUUUCCUUUAAAUAUAUAUUUACUUCGUCAUUUUGCUUGCGUGGGGGAUACUCAAUUGUUUUAUACUUUGCUCUUGCUGAAAAUGAAAACAGAUGAGUUUUUGUUUCUAGCAGGCCUAGUUCAACCCUGAUGCUACCCUGCUGGCUGGGAGCAGGAAGCCUCUCUGUCUUGUCUGUAUCAGUCUUACCCAUAAAAAUAUUUACUGAAUGGGUGAGUGAGUAUACUAGUCAGGAGUUUUCUUUGUAGAGAUAUAAUUAAAAUUCAAAUUCCUCAUUCUAUCUCCCACAUCCUCUUUAUUUUUCAAAGCUUUUUGUAGCAACAUCCUGAAAAAUAACCACUUUGCAAGUAUGUUUCUAAACAGAAUUACAUUCAAUUCAAUCUUGAAUAACUUGAAAAAUACACAUCAGCAUAGGAGAUGAUUAAAUGGUGGUCUCUUUUAUGAAAUUACUAAAUGGCAAUUAAAAGGAAGCAUGUCUUUAUUUAUAACUAUUAAUUCGAUACAUGAAUUAUAGAUACUGCACUCAGCUGUACGGAAUAAGAGGGCAUCAUUACUAAAUUGAAUUGAAUUUACUAAAAGGAACCCUGAUAUUGUAGAUAAGUAAACUCAUCUAACUGAGGUAAGCGGAGUUUUUAAUGCCUCAGAAAGAGCAUGAUUAAUUUUCUUUCAAAGAAACCAAACCUCAUUUUGGAAGUCAAAACAUUUCCUCAGUCCAGGAACAAACAGCAGAUGCAAGGCCUGGAUGGAUGUGUGGGACCCACAAUUGCUCCAGAUUUAAAGAGCCGCAUUAUUCCUUAUUCUACAUCCAAGGUCCCUAGGGGCAGCCAGCACCUCAAAUGAUUCACUCCAACCUUCAGACAGGUACAGCUCCAGUGAUGUCACUUUAUUGAUGGAGUCACUUCACCUGGAUGAAAUGACCUGCCCAGCAUGGAGACAGGCAAACCAAUACUGGUCCUUCCAUUAUAUCACUGUGUUUCCAAAGCAGGUCAUAAAAACUAAACCUCCACUAAAACCUCCAAAGACCGCUAGCAGAACCUUUGUGACCAAUGGAACUUAGGAAGUGUUCACUUACAUGUUGCAUACCUACACUGGUUCAUAAAGGGAAAUGUAAGGAAUUGCAUAGAAUAUUCUUGAAAAUAAUUGUCAUUUAAAAAUAACUUUUAAACUAACAAAUGCAACAUAAUUUUUAAAAUAAAUGUACAUACUCUGUACAUGCGGAGUGCUUUAGACAUUCUCAACUUCAAAGAUCAACGUCAUCUCUGGUAUAAUAUUAUUACUGGUAUUUUCAGAAUCAGCAACUAAGGCAUAGAGAGUUUGAUGGAUUUGUGCAAACCCAACAAAUUCUAAAAUUUGGUAGAGCCAAGCUUUAAACUGAGAUUUACAAGAGACGUACAGUUUUACUUUGCCUAUAUUAAUGCAUAUCCUAAAUCUCUGGUUUUCAGUAAAGCCACCAAAAGGUAUGGCUAAUAAAAAUGAAGUGAUACAAAAUAAUUUAAAGUAAGAGAAGACAAUCCUCUACUCCGUAUUCAUUUUUAUUCCGCAAAAGAAACAAUUUCUAACUAGCUUGGUUUUUGGGUUUUUCUGAUGGUCACUUUCAUAACUUCAAAAAGCACGCUCAUGUUUACUUUCUUGAUCUCUUGAUUUUGAGCAACGCCUUUGUGUGUUUACUCUAAAAAAUCAGGAUGAAGUUCACUCACAUGUCCUGUGUGCUUUUCUGGGAAUCCGUACAUAAUGAACUCACUAUUCUAAAUUUCUUUAAUAUCACGAAAGUACUCAAUUUGAGUUCAGCAAACAAAAACAGGAUCACAUGUGAUGUGACUUGGAUAUGAUUUGGAUUGAAUCCCGAAUUUCAUGUGCUAAAAGUUUAGGAGUCCUCUGUGUGAUUCAUGUAGUUCUCAAGGAACCCCAGUUGGUUCCUCUGAGACUGGAUUGUUACAAAAACGCAGUUCUGGCCAAUGAAUAUCUCUGGAAUCACAUGUUCAUGUGAUUUCCCCCUCUUACAGACACUUCUGAGAUGAUACCAUCUACCAACUUGUGAGGUAGCAAGAAGGACUUUACCAUAGAUUUGUAGGCUGUGACUGUGUACUCUAGCAUAGUAAUGAAAACAUCAAUUUGUGCCAACAUUCAGCUUUGUUUAUGGUUUGUAUUUGUAUGCUGCAGUAGCAAUGAUGUUGCUUAUUUUUUAAAAUGUGUACUUCAUUGUCUAUUUCACUCAAAAUUCCUAUUGGCUUAGAAAGUACUUUAAAAUUUCUGUAUGUUAGGAUAUUUUCAUUUGAACUUGUUUUUUUCAGUUUUUAGAUCAAUCACAUUUGUGUAUGGAAGAUGUAGCCUGUUCUCAGUUUGAAAAUAAUAUAAUUAAAAAUCUUCCUGUAUAACUGCAUUUUUGUGAAUUGUUUCCACUAAAACCCUUUAGUUGUAGAAUUUACUGUAAUAUUACCUUACAUUAUAUCUUUAUGUUGUAUAGAUUUGAUAUUUAAAAUUAUUACUAUAAUUACUAGCUUUUCUUUGAAAUUUAUUUUAAUAUUA